UAGUUGUUUGACAAUCAAAACACUUAAAAAACUUUUAACUUUUAUUUUGUUUGUCUUAAAUACUCAUAAAUAUGAUUAUUAAUUAUAUAUGUCUAUUUGCUAUUACAAUCACUGCAAACAUUGCAAUCAAUGAUGCUGUCGUAGUCGACGAGAUAGCCAUCAAUGUAUGCAACGAUUGGGUGGCCUAUGAAAAGCAAAAGUGUCUGAAAGUGAUCGCCGAAAGGGCAUCGCAGGAGACGGCACUUAACCGAUGCCAACGGCUGGACACCCGUUCGCGGCUUAUGUAUAUCGCCGAUGACCGGCAACAACAGUUUGCAGUAAAACUGUUGGCUAACUAUAGCCAAAUUGCCGACCGGGUAUGGCUGGGCAAUAAAGUAACCGCAGCGACAACACCGUACAGCAACUGGGCUGACGGUAGUCCCGAUUAUAUACCGGUAGUGGUCACCGAAUCGGGCUAUAACAACGGUUACAAUAGUUACGGUCGAACCAGCCGUAGUAGUAGUAGUAGUGGCAACAGUGGUAGCAGUGGUAGUAGCGCCCGAUGCGUCCAAAUGUCGGUCACCCGUAACCAUAUCGGCAAAUGGUAUGACGAGCCGUGCAAACGUCGGGCACUGAUUGUAUGCGAACGAAGCCAGGAAUGGACUAUCAAUAUACUGAGCACUGCAUUGGAAAACAUUACCCGUUUGGUCAACAAACACGAACAACAACUGGCCGUCGCCGCCGCCGCCGACAACAAUAGUCAACCGUCACCACAAUUGUCCGUACAGUUGUCGUCCAUACCAAUUGGUUUCGUAUACAUACAACUGGCCAAUCAAAGCGAACCGCACCAGCUAUGGCCGCUGACCAAUUGGCAACAGAUUAGCGAUCAAUACGCUGGACUAGUUUUUCGGGCCGCAGCCGCCGUCACCGCCGCUGGUAAUGACAGCAGCAGCGAUGGCCAGUUUGUGGCUAAUUGUUUGCCGAAACAGCAGCAGCGGCGGAUCAAACAAAACUUGUUGUUUACAACAGAGACCGGUUUGCUGGACAAACAGGAGGUAAGGGUUGCAAUACCGGUGACCGACAGCAGUGGCGGCGGCCGCGGAAAUUGGGAGGUAGUAGGCCCGUGGAUGAUACCAACGGGAGGGCGUGUAAACGGUUCGGACAGUAGUAGUAGUAGUAGUGGUGGUAGUAAAGUAUUGGUUAACAAAACGCCGACCACUACUACUACUACUACCGAUGAGGAGGAAAAGUGCAGACCAGUCGACGAUACGGCCGUAAAGAUUUGGAAACGUAUUGUUUAA